GUUGCCAUGCAACGGUUCCAGGGACCUUGUCUCAAUUCGGUCACAUUCAAUUAAUCGUUGACAGUGUUUCAAGUACCUCCACCCCUCUGCCAGCCUCACACCAACAUGGCCGACCCCGACAAGGAGGAGCGCGAGCUCGUUGAGAUGUUCAAGAUGAAGAAGAUCCUUACUUCGCUUGAGAACGCUCGUGGCAACGGUACGUCGAUGAUUACGCUCAUCGCGCCGCCGGGUGACCAGGUGUCGUCGCUGACGCGUCUGCUGACGGACGAGGCCGGUUCUGCAUCGAACAUCAAGUCGCGUGUCAACCGGCUCUCUGUGCUUUCUGCCAUUACCUCUGCGCAGCAGAAGCUCAAGGGCUUCAACCAGAUCCCGCCGAACGGCCUGGCGCUGUACACGGGCACCGUGCUGACCGACGACGGCAAGGAGAAGAAGGUCACGUAUGCCAUCGAGCCGAUCAAGCCGCUCAACACUUCGAUGUACAUGUGCGACUCGCGGUUCCACGUGCAGCCGCUCAAGGACCUGCUCCAGCAGGACGACACCUUUGGCUUUAUCAUCAUGGACGGUUCCGGCGCGCUCUUUGCUACGCUCUCGGGUAACCACCGGAACAUCCUGCAGAAGGUCGGCGUCGAGCUGCCCAAGAAGCACGGACGUGGUGGUCAGUCUGCGGUCCGUUUCGCGCGUCUCCGGAUGGAGGCCCGGCGCAACUGGGUCCGCAAGGUCGGUGAGAUGGCGACCAAGCACUACAUUACCGACGACAUGCCCAACGUGGCAGGCCUCAUUCUUGCCGGUUCCGCCGACUUUAAGCGCGAGCUCGCCGAGUCUGAGCUCCUCGACAUGCGGCUCCGCGACAUUGUGCUCAAGCAGGUCGACAUCUCGUACGGGAUGGAGGCCGGCCUGGCGCAGGCCAUCGACCAGUCUGCCGAGGUUCUCGCCAACGUCAAGUUCCUCAAGGAGAAGAAGCUCAUCAAGGAGUACUUUGAGCACAUUGCGCAGGACACCGGCAAGGUGUGCUACGGUGUCAAGGACACCAUGCAGGCCAUCGAGAUGGGCGCCGUCGAGACGCUCAUCGUCUGGGAGGACCUCGUCAUGGAGCGCAUCGAGAUGACCAACCCGCAGACCGGCACCGCCACGGUCGUCUUCCUCACCCCCGAGCAGCAGCAGGACCCGACGUUCUUCCACGACCGCGAGACCGGCAUCGAGCUCGAGAUCGGCGAGCGCGAAGACCUUGUCGAGUGGCUCGCCACAAACUACUCCAAGUUUGGCGCCCGCAUCGCCUUUGUCACCGACCGCUCGCAGGAGGGCUCGCAGUUCUGCAAGGGCUUUGGCGGCCUCGGUGGUAUCCUCCGCUACCGCGUCGACUUUGCGGCCAUGGACUACAACUCGGACGACUGGGACGAGUACUCGUACACUUCGGACGAGGGUGCUAUCUAACGUAAGUGUCUCGUGAGUCAACAUCCGUAAAACAACCUCGUGAGUGCG